AUGUCCGCUGAUCGAGCGCUGCAAGAGCUCGCCGAACAGGUGGAGGAUCCUAAUAGCCGCCUGCGCUUGGGCGAGGUGGGACCCUUUGUGGUGGCUGCCCACUUGGAUCGUGAUGUGAUCAAGAGCGACCAGGUGAAAGUUGGAAGUAUGGCGGAUGCGUACUUAGCCAGCCACUUGGAGGGCGAGGACUACGAGCUGCCGGGGCAAGCUGGAUCGUGGACGGCGGAGAGCGCAUCGGUGCACGAUAGCGAUGAAGCCGAUCCCGAUCAGCUGAUCAAAAAGGCACAUGCAACCGUUGGGACUCGGUGGGGUUCCUCCCGCAUGGAACAUGGCUCGCUGCAAGCUGAGUCGCACUUCAGGAGUACAUGUCCACACUCGAAAGAGGAUGGCACGUUGGCGGCUUGGGCCAUUCCUUAUGAGAAGCAGCCGAUGUACACAUUCUAUGAGAAAAAUUCUGAGGAGGCGGCCAAGGAGCCCAUCAUUCGCUUGCCGGAAGAGAAGCGGAAGGUGACGAUGACAGCGUCCUUCCACCUCACCCGGCAUCCCGCCAGCGGCACGGAUGUGCUGAAAGGCAAAAUUCCUCCGGCUGGGGGUGUGAAGGCCUACGCUGCUGAUACCUGGCUGGACAAAGAGCACCUGGGAAUGAAAGAUCCGACGCUUCGCCCUGGCGAUGCAGAUCUACAGGAAACAAUCAAGAAGAAGGCAGCCAAGGCUGAACCGCUCGCCGAAUUCGAGGAGCCGGCCACGCCCGCCGCCGGUGGCCUCGCCGGUGUUGGCGGCGCCGCGACGGUGGCCGUGCCGCGGCCCACGUCGGCGGCGUCCGAGGCCUCGCGCAGCGAGGCGUCGGAUGCAUCUGAAUCGAAAAAGAAGAAAAAGGGAAAGAAGAAGGGAAAGGAAGAGCAGCAAUCGUCAACCGAACAAUCAGCAUCUGCGACGCUGUCGGCGGAGUCCAGUAAGAUGGAGGCCGAAGCUUCGCACGCGAAGACGGAUUCCAUGACGGAGGCUGACGCCGAAUCCGAAGCGGGGAAGAAGGAGAAACCCAAGAAGAAAGGGAAAAAGAAGACUGGCAGCGGCGAGGGAGCAGAAGAAAUGGGUCAGACGGGCGAGAGCUUUCACAGCAUGGCGAGCGCCACCAGUGCCGCCUCGCAAGCCUCGGCCCUGACCGAUGAGAGUGAGGCAGAUUCGCCCAAGGCGAAGAAAAAACCCAAGGCCAAGCCUUCUGCGAAGAAGGAAGCGCAGCCUAGCAAGUUGGAAAUCCCCAAAGAGGGUGGCGAGACCGGCAGCCGCAAGGGCUCCGACGUUACGACCUCGGACACCGAGGUCGUGGUGCCCAAGGCCGGCGGCAGCAGCCCCAAGCCGACCGACUCCGGGCGGCCGUCGCCGAAGAAAGAUCGGAGCCGGUCCCCAAAGCCAGAGGGACCUGACUUGGGUGGUAAGGAGGUGCAAAACCUGGAGGGCUUGGGCGCCAACUUUGCCACGCAGUUCUGCUGGGCUGGGAUGUAUGGAGGCAUGAGCGGAACAGGCCUCAGACCCCGAUGGAAGGAUAAUCCACGCCUGCCAGCCCUGGUGGGGAAACAAUCCACCGAUGAUCUGCACACGCCUUGCUAUGUGCGCCACGCGUACAGGGUGGGCACUGUGGCGGUAGGCCCGCCCUACCAGCUGCGCGAGAAGAUGGACGCCAUGUCGCCGGCCUGGUCGGCACUGCGGGUGCUGGACCUGUCCAUUGAGAAAGCGGAUUGGGUCAGGUCCUACAGUAAAAUCCUCAAGGAGCACAGUCGGAAGUUGGGUCCCGCGCAGGGCAUCCGAGAGAUGAACCGCACCGUGUCGCUGCCCAAAGUGGGAGCUUCAAGACCCAAGCCACGUCCCGUGCUGCGUGCGCGAAGUGCUGAGGCGAAGAAGGACCGGAGAACCUCACCGGGCAAAGAUACCUCGGUGGAACGCCGCCGAGAGACGGAGCGCCUCGACGUGGACAGCACGCGCCGGAUCGAUGUGGAUCCCAAGAGGAAGGAUACCAAGGAGGAUAAAAAGAAAAAGGAUAAAGACAAAGACAAAAAGAAGAAGGAGAAGAAGGAUAAGAAAGGUGAAGAGGACGAGGACGGCAAGAAAAAGAAGAAGGACAAGAAGAAGAAGGAUAAGAAAGACAAACAUCAGAGUGAAGCUCAGGAAGAAGAACCGGAGGUGGAGGAACCCAUUGAGGCACCGGAAUCCUUCGAGACCAUGCCCUCAGUGGGGACUUGGCUCAUGUCUUUCACCGAGGACAUGUUGCUUCGUCCCGUCUCCGUGGAAUCACCAACAUCGGUGGCCGAAUCCCUCUAUUCGGCGACCUUUGGUGUCGAAGCCUUUGUGGCUGAUGCUCUACUGUCAGCCGCAUUUGGCCAGUUGACACCGGAGGCGGUGGAAGAUUUGACCGAUGAGAUCAUCGCUGAGCAGGCGGAUCAGGAGCGCUUCGGUUUCCGUUUGUGGUUAGGCCUCCACUCGCCCCACUACGCGGCCAUCGCCUACAACAAGCUGCUGCAGGCGGCCUCGGCGCAGCGACGCUGGCAGCAGGCUCUGGCGGUGCUGGCCAUGAUGGAACGACGGCAGGUGGCCCCUACGAUGUCCACCCUGGGCUCAGCCCUGACGGCCUGCGAGCGCGUGAGUCGUUGGCGCCUGGCGCUCUUCAUCCUGCACCAAGCGGUGGAAGACAGGUACCCUUGGAGACAUUUGGAGCCCAACCUGAUCUGUUUCAACAGCGUCAUCGCCUCCUGCCAACACACGGCCAUGUGGCACUGGUCUUUGCAUCUGCUCUCCACCGCCCAGCAACGCCAUCUAUUCCCCGACGCCGUCAGCGUCACCUCGGCGUUGCGCUGCGCGCAGCGCUAUGUGGGCGACGGCCUCGCGGGGCUGCUGUCGGAGCUGCGAAGGGCGCGGCUGGUGCCGGACUCGCUGAUGCUGGAGGUGUCGGAGGCGUUGAUGGCCAAGGGCAAAAACUGGGCGGAGGCCCUGCAACGUCUCGACGUGGAAGGUCUCAACCUGGUUUCACUCAACUCCUUCCUGGUGAUGCUGCAGAGAGGUGGAGCUCCCUGGCAGUUGGCGCUGCAACUCUUUCAGAAGAGCUCCGUCGAUGCCAUCAGCAUCUCGAGCAUGGUGGCGAUACAGGAGGACUGUCAACAGCUUCCCGCGCUGCUCGGCUGCGUCCCGCUGCUGCAGAGGCGCUUGGCCCAGAUGCUUCGGGACGUGGCGCUGCCGCAGAUGCACUGCAGCAACGGAAAGAGCGUGGCCAUCAACGGCUUCGACCUUCUGGCAGCUCUGGGUCUGAUGCCAAUGCCAAGUCGAAGGGCUCUGGAAGCCAAGACUCUUCGUUUGCUUCAGCACGACCUGGCUGCGCUCGACCACCGGACCUCGCAUCUGGAAGAGAUGCCCACGGCGGGGACGCUGCUGACGCGGGAGUUGAUGCGGUGGGAAAAGGUGCUGGAGCUGGGUGGAGCAAGGGGGAUUACAUGA